AUGGGUCCAGACACCGAGAUCAUUGCCGGCUAUGAAGUCUAUACGCCUCAAGCUGCGGCGGACUAUGGUCGUUCGACCAGAAACUCGACCAGCACAGCAGUGCAUCCGCUCGACCAGCUCUCGAUCACAGAGAUCACAGAUGCGGCCAGCAUUGUCAAAGGUCACUAUGGUAACACCGGGGUAAAGUUCAAUACGAUCACUCUCAAGGAACCGAAGAAAGUCGAUUACGUAGCUUUCCGCGACAGCAAUGGUCCUCGUCCGGACCGUGAGGCCUUCGUCAUCACCGUGACUAAAGGCCACCACGUCGUCAACGAAGUCAUGGUCAGUCUCACCAAGAAGACCGUCCUCGAAGUCCGCGAGAUUGCCGAUGUCAUGCCGAUCCUCACACUCGAGGAUCUGGAUGUAUGCGAACGUGUCGCACGCAAUGAUCCUCGUGUCAUUGAGACUUGCCGCGAGAUUGGUCUGACAGACAUGAGCAAAGUCUUCUUCGAUGGCUGGGCUGUCGGUGCCGAUGAGCGGUAUGGCUUCGAUCGUCGUUUGCAGCAGGGCCUCGCUUAUUGGCGUGCCUCGGAGCUCGACAACCAGUAUGCUCAUCCUCUAGACUUUGCCGUCGUCAUCGACACCGAGAAGGAAGAAGUGUUGAGAAUCGACAUCCGCAAAGUGGACGGGAAGAGAGUGGCGGUCCCAAAAGAUCAGCACAACUUCCUUCCGGACUUCAUCCAGGACGGAUAUGUGACUGAUCGUCUCAAGCCGAUUGAGAUCACACAGCCUCAAGGCGUGUCCUUCACCAUGAACGGUAAUGAGUUGUCCUGGGCUGGCUUUCAUAUGCAUAUCGGCUUCAACUAUCGUGAGGGUAUUGUGAUCAACGACGUCUCGGUCGACGACAUGUACGAGCAGCGUAGACGCAUGCUGUUCAAUCGUCUUAGCGUUGCUGAGAUGGUCGUACCAUACGGGAACCCGGACAUCCCGCACCACCGCAAACAUGCCUUCGACAUUGGCGAGUAUGGUAUGGGGUUGAUGACUAACCCACUGAAGGUUGGCUGCGACUGUAAGGGAGCGAUCAAAUAUCUGGAUGCUGUCAUGAGCACGAGUCAAGGCUAUGCCGCGGUGCUGCCCAAUGCCGUCUGUAUCCACGAAGAAGACAACGGGCUGCUCUACAAGCACACCGACUACCGCGACGGGACUGUCGUUAGUGCUAGAGAUCGAAAGCUCAUCAUCUCACAAAUCAUCACAGCCGCCAACUACGAGUACGGCUUCUACCAUACCUUCUCGCUGGACGGCACCUACAAGUUGGAGGUCAAGCUGACCGGUAUCCUGAACACUGUACCUCUGACGGAGACUGAAGAAGCAGCUCCAUUCGGCACGAGAGUCGCCAAGAACCUGAAUGCGCACAAUCACCAGCACAUCUUCUCCCUUCGGAUCGACCCGGCCAUCGAUGGAUUGAAGAAUACUGUCAUCCAGAACGAUGCAGUGAGCUCCGAGAUCCCUGUUGGCGAUACAGGGAACUUGUAUGGAAAUGCCUUCUACUGCAAGAAGACGCCCUUGAAGACCAGUAAAGAAGGCGCCUGUGACUAUAACCACGAUACCAGUCGCACGUGGGAUAUCGUCAAUACCAACAAGAUCAACCCUGCCUGCCAAAAGCCGGUCGGAUACAAGAUCAUUAGCAGAGAGUCGCCAAACCUCCUCUGCAAGCCCGGCAGUCUUGUCUGGCGCCGCGCAGGCUUCACCCGCAAGACCCUGUGGGUGACGAAAUACCGCGAAGGCGAACUCUUCCCAGCAGGCGACUACGUCUGCCAAUCCACCGGACAACCAGGCUGGCCUUCGAACGAAACAGUCGUCGACUGGGCCGAGCGCAACGACAACAUCGAGAACGAGGACAUCGUCUGCUGGCUCCAAUUCGGCAUCACUCACUUCCCACGCACCGAAGACUUCCCACUGAUGCCAGCAGAGCCGCUGAGCGUGAUGCUGCGAGCCAGCAAUUUCUUCCAAAAGAAUCCGGCGCUUUGGGUUCCGCCUGCUAGUCAUGAUCCUGAUACCGCUUCCAAGGACCUGAACAAGUGCUGCGAGGGUGCCAAGACUUCCACGGCGGACUUGGGCGUUGGUAAGAUAUCUGCAAAGUUGUGA